AUGGAGACCGAUGCGAAUGCUAAAGCCUAUGAUGAAGUCAGUGGACCACAAAUCGAAGCAGGUAGUCAAUUUAUCCGUGAGUUAAACCUCUCCUUAGGAGACAAAGUGCUUGACAUGGGUUGCGGUACAGGCCAUCUCACUAAAUAUAUCGCUGAUAUUGUUGGCCCUGAUGGUCAGGCCGUCGGAAUCGAUCCCGAUGUUGAGCGAAUCAAAAUUGCUGAAGAGAAAUCUAAAGAAGUCGCUAAUCUUCAGUUCUAUGUUGGUAGCAGUGGAAUUGGAUUUCCAAACGAUAAUGAGCCAUAUUACGAUGUUCAUAUCAGCACGCAUGCUUUCUAUUGGGUUCCUGAUGAUGAGAAAAGAGUUUACAUACAGAAAGCACACCAAUGUUUGAAGGCUGGGGGGAAACUGGCCAUCUGGUGUGCCGCAAAGAUACCGAAUUUGGAGAAAGUCGAAGGAAUUCAUAUGUUAACCCAAGAGGGCUAUCGAGAUAUGUUUCAAGAGGUCGGUCUCUUCAACAAUGUUGUGGUGGACAGACCGAUCUACCCAUAUCGAUACGAAUCAUUUGAAGAAUUCAAGCGAUGGUUCAAAGCUACAGGUCGCCAGGACUUGGAACCUGACAAACAUGCGGACUUAGUUAUGAAAUUCGUGACCACAGAAGAUGACGGGCAAGUUACUCUUAAAGUGCCAUGUAUUCGCAUCACAGCAUGCAAACAUUGA